CACCCCAAUCAGCAGACCCAAACAAACCAAACCCAGAUCCUCAAUUGAAGCCCUAGUCACACCUCUGGCUCAGUAACGAGUAACCUCUCCACCUCGUCAUCGGAAGCACCGGUGAUUUACAUUCUCCGGCGACCUAGUCUUCGCAAAACUGGUAUUUCUUCAGAAGAUUACACAAGAAUUGCUUUCCGUAACACGUAAUUGUGUAGAUAAUCGGAGUGGUUCGUUCACUACUUACCUUCAGAAAGAGGGAGAAAACAUGAGUAUCGUGCCGAAGGAGACGAUUGAGGUGAUAGCGCAAAGUAUUGGGAUCAAUAACCUUUCUCCAGAUGUUGCACUUGCUCUUUCUCCUGAUGUCGAAUAUCAUAUGCGGGAAAUAAUGCAGGAGGCAAUUAAAUGCAUGCGUCAUUCGAAGAGAACUAUGAUGACGACAGAUGAUGUUGAUAGUGCCCUCAACUUGAGAAAUGUUGAGCCCAUUUAUGGUUUUGCCUCUGGGGAUCCUUUGCGGUUCAGAAGAGCUGUUGGACACAAGGAUUUGUUUUACCUUGAUGACAAGGAUUUGGAUUUUAAAGAUGUGAUUGAAGCUCCUCUGCCAAAAGCACCACUCGAUACUUCAAUCGUUUGUCACUGGCUAGCUAUUGAAGGUGUACAACCUGCUAUUCCAGAAAAUGCUCCUGUUGAAGUCAUUAUUGCUGCUCCUCCUGAUAACAAAAAACCUGAGCAAAAAGAUGAUGGACUUCCUGUUGACAUUAAACUACCGGUUAAACAUGUAUUGUCUAGGGAGCUUCAGCUGUACUUUGAUAAAAUCACUGAGCUUGCAAUGAGUAGGUCGGACUCAGUUCUUUACAAGGAAGCCUUAGUGAGUUUGGCCACAGACUCUGGACUUCAUCCUUUAGUUCCCUAUUUCACAUACUUUAUUGCUGAUGAGGUUUCUCGUGGUUUGAAUGAAUUCCGUGUGCUGUUUUCUCUGAUGCGUCUUGUGGGGAGUCUUCUCCAGAAUCCUCACAUACACAUAGAACCUUAUCUGCACCAGUUGAUGCCAUCAGUUGUUACCUGCCUUGUUGCAAAGCGAUUGGGGAACCGAUUUGCUGACAACCACUGGGAACUUAGAGACUUCACAGCAAAGUUGGUUGCUUCAAUUUGCAAGAGAUUUGGGCAUGUUUAUAGUAAUCUCCAGACGCGCUUGACAAAAACUUUGGUCCACACAUUUUUGGACCCAAAACGGGCAUUGACUCAACACUAUGGCGCCAUCCAGGGUUUAGCGGCUCUAGGACCUAAUGUGGUCCGCCUUCUUUUGCUGCCAAAUCUUGAGACAUAUAUGAAACUUCUUGAGCCAGAGAUGCGUCUUGAACGGCAAAAAAAUGAGAUUAAGAGGUAUGAAGCUUGGCGUGUCUAUGGGGCUCUGCUGCGUGCUGCAGGUCAAUGUAUAUAUGAUCGGCUGAAGUUAUUUCCCAAUUUACCAUCCCCGCCUCCAAAUGUUGUCUGGAGAACCAACGCAAGAGUUAUAACUGCAACCCCACAUAAAGGGAAAGCAACUAUGGAGCACUUGGAGCACCAGCCUCCCCACAAGAAAGUUGCGACUGAUGGCCCUAUAAAUAUGCCUGCUAGCAAUUCCUUGCCACCAGAAAUUCAAGGUGUUCCAGGCACUCCAGCAGCUUUAGGUGAUUCUGAUGCAGGCGCAUCACCAUCUUCUAAACAGAUGUCUGGUGAGGGAAUUUCAGGUAGCAGAGGUAAAGUUGGCAGGGGUAAUAAAAAUCAAGCUCUGGAUUCGUCGGCUAUGCUCAAUCAGGCUUGGAAAGAUGAUCUAGACUCAGGGCGUCUUCUUGUCUCGUUGUUUGAACUAUUUGGUGAAAGUAUUUUCAACUUUAUUCCAACUCCCGAGAUGUCUUCAUUCUUGUAAAGAAAUUCGCAGCAUUGAACUGUUGUAUAAUUAUUCAUGUAGCCAAUCCGGAAAUCGCCAGAAUGGAAAUCACCAGAAUGGUUGACCGUA